AUGAGUAAUAACGGUAAUCAGCAAGAAUCAAACUUUUUAGUCAAUUUCUUGAUGGGUGGUGUGAGUGCGGCAGUCGCUAAGACGGCGGCAUCACCCAUCGAGAGAGUCAAGAUCUUGAUUCAAAACCAAGAUGAAAUGAUCAAGCAAGGCACUUUGGAAAAGAAGUAUUCUGGUAUCGCAGAUUGCUUCAGGAGAACUGCUAAGCAAGAAGGACUAAUCUCCUUUUGGAGAGGAAAUACUGCUAAUGUUAUUCGUUAUUUUCCCACUCAAGCUUUGAACUUUGCUUUUAAAGAUAAAAUCAAACUAAUGUUUGGUUUUAAAAAAGAAGAAGGCUAUGGUAAAUGGUUUGCAGGUAAUCUAGCUUCUGGUGGUGCUGCCGGUGCUCUCUCUUUAUUAUUUGUUUAUUCCUUAGAUUUUGCGAGAACAAGACUGGCCGCUGAUGCCAAGUCUUCUAAAAAGGGCAGUACGCGUCAAUUCAAUGGGUUAAUUGAUGUUUAUAAAAAGACUUUAAAAUCAGAUGGGAUUGCAGGAUUAUACAGAGGUUUUAUGCCAUCGGUAGUCGGUAUUGUGGUUUAUAGAGGACUAUAUUUCGGUAUGUUCGAUUCUCUCAAGCCGCUGGUACUAACUGGUUCAUUAGAUGGUUCAUUCUUGGCUUCAUUUUUGUUGGGUUGGGUGGUUACAACUGGUGCUUCGACAUGUUCUUACCCAUUGGACACAGUUAGAAGAAGAAUGAUGAUGACUUCAGGUCAAGCGGUUAAGUAUAAUGGUGCUAUGGAUUGUCUUAAGAAGAUCGUGGCAGCCGAAGGAGUGAGCUCAUUAUUCAAAGGCUGCGCGGCAAAUAUCUUGAGAAGUGUUGCAGGUGCAGGUGUUAUCUCCAUGUAUGACCAAUUGCAAAUGAUAUUGUUUGGCAAAAGAUUCAAAUGA